AUGAUCGACCUUAUCUUGCUCCUCGUGUUGCGCAUGGUAGCCUACUUUGUCAACCUGAUGAGGCUUUGCCUGGGCACAAUCCUCUAUCAUUGUCGCGGUCAUGACUCGGCGCUGAUCACCAACUACCCGGCCUUCAACGUGGCGCAACUGCCCAGAUUCAACGUGACAUGCAAUGAUUGUGGUCCGCCCGGGUCUACCAUCCCAGACAGAUACACCUCCUACGCUGGGCAUGGGAAUGCCACUUUUCCCACCUUCAGAUGGACACCACCCCCGGGCGUCAACGUGGCAGAAUAUGCUCUGGUCUGCGAGAAUCCUGAUAUCCCAAUCCCCGGUUGCUCUCAGGCCAUCUCCAUAAUAUAUAAUAUCGCGGCGAACAAGAACCAAUUGAAUGACAACGAUGUCAGAAAUGCCAAGGCCCCCGACGAUACCUCUGAGAACAUCCAGUUGCGCUGGAUUUCCGAUAUCCAUGACUCGCCUUACAAGGGCCCCAGUGCCAUACUAGGCCAUGGGACUCAUCGCUACUUCUUCACAGUUAUUGCCCUCAACGCCCCUAUCCAACUCGACCGCAAUCGACCGCUCAACAAAGACAGAUUUGCGGCGCAGCUGGUUGGGAAAGUUGUUGGAUGGGGCCAAUGGCAUGGAGUCGUUCAUGCUGGCUAA